GAGAUUUCAUCCUCCUAUUUAGCCUACAACAAAUGAUCAAAGUGCCUGCAUUGAUUGCAGGUGCAAGCAUGUCUGGAUCUACUCUGUGGACAUUUCUUUCAUGUCCAGACAUGGUUGUCUUGUCCAAGAAGCCGAAGACCUUCGAGGUAUUGUUCAAUGACCCGAGCAAGACUGUUUAUUAUAGCGGAGACAAGGUGGCCGGUCGGAUCAUAGUGGAGGUCUCGGAGGUGAUGAAAGUGUCAGCAAUGAGAGUUUUUGGAAUUGGCAACGCAAAAGUGGAAUAUCUGAAAGGGAAACGGAGGUGUCACGAUGCAAUUGACUACUUGAAAUAUGAGGACGUCGUUCACCUGGACCAUGAACAGACAGAUACAGAUGGGUGUGUCACUUUCAGGCCUGGAAACAGAUACGAGUAUAUGUUUGGAUUUGAACUCCCCCAGCAAGGGCAGCUGGUGUCAUCCUAUGAUGGGAAGUUUGGCCAUGUUCACUAUUAUGUGAAGGCUGUGAUGGAGAGGCCUUCUCAGUCUGCUGCAGAGUGCAAGAAGUAUUUUGAAGUUGUAGAGCCCCUUGAUGUUAACACCCCAGACUUAAAGUCUCCUGUUGCUGGAAUGAAGGAGAAGAAGGUGACAUGCAUGUUCAUUCCUGACGGCAGUGUCUCCAUCCAAGGCAAGAUCGACCGUAAAGGUUACUGCGAGGGAGAAGACAUCUGCAUCAAUGCCAAGUUUGAGAACACCUGCUCGCGCAUCGUCGUCCCCAAAGCGGCUAUCAUUGCCAGACAUAUCUACCUGGCGAACGGCAAAACCAAACUUAUCAAGGAGAAACUGUGCUCUGUCCGAGGCAACCAUAUAAUAUCUGGCAUGUGUGACAUGUGGCAGGGGAAGCGGCUUCGUGUUCCCAAAAUCAAGCCCACCAUCUUGGGCUGCAACAUCAUCCAUGUGGACUACUCCCUGAUGCUCUAUAUCCACAUCCCUGGCAGUGACAAGCUGACGCUGGAGCUGCCCAUGGUCGUUGGGACCCUUCCCUAUGGCUUUGGCAGCCGCUCCAGCAGCAUGUCCAGCCAGCAGAGCGCCCAGUCAAGCAACUGGCUCUCCACUGGCAUUCCCUCAUCUCCCCCAAGCUACAGUGAGAUCCCUCAGGAUCUGAGGGUGGACAGCCCCCUCACCCCGCUCCUGGAAGACUAUGACGAAGAUGACGCCCCCAUCUUCAUGCGACCUCCCCCUGCGUAUACUGAGAUGGAUGAUGGUGUUCAGGUUCAGUUCUGUUGAACGGUUGGCUCAAUGAAGUGGCUUCUUUGGCAUUUGUGCAAACUCCAGAAAUGGCAUUGAGAAGAAAGCCUGCUAAACGCAAAGUGAAGUCAGACGACUCCUGAAGGACCGAAGAGUGGAUCGGCAGCAUUGUUGGAAAGAAUUGAGAACAAAGGAUAACUAAAUAGAGAAUGAAAUGAAAAUGAAUAAUGAAAUGCAGGAAAAUUAGAUGAGAUGUAGGAAAAUUAGGCUUUCAGCAUUUUGUGGUACUCUGUCUGGUGUAACAUCAAGGGAUAUCCUUAAGUAGAUGCUACUGUACUGCAAGUGUGGUCCAUCUCAAUCAAGAACCUAUCCUCCUGGGUUUCUAAGCCAUCUUAUGUAGAACCAUAUACCAUUCCAUAACAAGUGCAGAUUCAGGUCUUUGCUCAGCGGUUUUGCUCAAAUAGUUGAAUUACCACUUUUAUUUGAAAAGUACCAGACAGAAUGCAUAUGUUCACCUUAUUUAAUGUAAUUGCCAUGCAAUAUUUUUCCAUUCUUUGUAUCAAACUUGUAUACUUUCAUUGUUGUGUAAAAUGAUAACUGAAUGUGUUAUUUAUUUAAAAAUAAUUCUUUAUUUGAGAAUUGAGAACUCUUUUCCAACUGAGAAAAUUAGAAAUGUUUUUCUUAACAUUCAUGUUUGCACACAUCUAAACAUGCAGCCAUGUAUAAGUUUUUUUCUAUUUAUGUGUGUUAUUUAUUUUCAUAUGCCCUAUGGGCUGCCACUAUUUUGAUGACAAUAAAAUAGUGAACACAUUAA